AUGAACCCUAGUAUGACAACAUUAACAGAUUUCGGCAGCCUCGAAGACGAUGGCGAAUAUGCGACUAACGCUAUCACUGCAAAACAACCUCGCUUCUCAGUUUUUAGUGAGUCUCAUAUAAAGCGUCUUCAAGAGGCUGACAUCAAUGAAGCUAUAAAGAUUCUCUCCAUAUCAAGAUCUGUUGCAUGCCUUCUACUCUCUUACUACAAAUGGAACUUGGUAGAUGUUUGUGAAUCAUGGUUCAAUGACCAACAAAAAGUUCUCAAAACCAUAGGUUUAUCAAACCAACCUCAAAUAGUGGAAUUAGGGUUUCCGAAAUCAGAAUGUAAUAUCUGUUUUGAAACCUUUUCUCGUAAUCAGAUUAAGUCAUCAUGGUGCGGUCAUCCGUUUUGUGUCAAAUGCUGGAACAAAUAUAUUGAUAUAAGUAUCAAGGAUCGCAACUGCUUCAAACUCAAAUGCCCUCAACCUUCUUGUGAUGCAGCUGUAGAUGAAGACAUGAUUCUACGAUUAGCAAGUAAGUCAAGAAAGGUUAAUUAUGGUUAUUUUUUGCUUAGGUCUUAUGUGGAAAACAACAAUGAUAAGAAACUGAAGUGGUGUCCUGCGCCAAAUUGUCGUUAUGCCGUAAGUUUUGAACCAGUUUUUCAUGAUUCUAGCAGUUCUAGGUCUAGAAUAAAUUAUGAUGUUACAUGCUUUUGUUGUCAUGUCUUUUGUUGGAAUUGUGGCGAACAAGGUCAUUCACCUUUGGAUUGUGAAACUGUUGCUAAAUGGAUGAAAAAGAUUAGUUCUGAAAUUAAAAUCACAACCAGUGGUUGGAUUAUUGCUAACACAAAACCAUGCCCUAGCUGUAAGAUUCCCAUUCAGAAAAACAAAGGGUGCAAUCAUAUGAUAUGCAAAUGUGGCUUUCAAUUUUGCUGGUCAUGUCUCCAAGUUCGAUGUAUAUGUUAUGCAAUACAAGGCGAACAUAUUCGGGUAUUUGAAGAUAUAAUGCAUAGAAACCAUCCGAAAAAUCAUCUGGACAGGUACAGUUACUACCAUCAAGGUUGGGCUAACAAUGAAAUUUCAAGACAAUUGGCUCUGCGAAUCUUGACUAAGAUGAGUAAAUCAUUGAAUAAGUACGGAACUAAUUUAGAUCUAUUGUAUACAUGGAAACUUGUGGUUGAAUUUAGAGGAAUUCUCAAAUGGAGUUAUGUAUAUGGAUACUAUCUCCCUGAGGAUGAAAGUGCUAAGAUUGAGUUUUUUGAUCACAUCCAAGGAAUAGCUCAAGCUGUUUUGGAUAGGCUUCAUUAUUGUGCAGAUAUUGUAUAUGUAUAUGGGAGACAAGCUGAAGAAUUUCAACGGUAUCUAGAAUCUCUAACCAGGGUGACUCAAAGUUAUUUCAUGAAUUUGGUGAAAGAAUUAGAGAAUGGUCUUGAUGUUGUGCGUGUGAAAAACUAUACUGGGUGA